AUCACGUUUCUGCAGAGCUGCUGUCCUCCCUCCUCAGUAGUUGUGUUUUGUUAGACUCAAGAUGGAGGCGCCGGUAGUGGGAGAGUCGGGAGGUGAAUAUUUCACCCGAGAAGUGGAGAGGCGAGCGGGCUCCCCGCUGCGCAUCAAGCAAUGCAGCAAAGGCGACGUGGGCUGCGUGGUGUGGGACGCGGCCAUCGUGUUGUCAAAAUACCUGGAAACGGAGCAUUUUGUCGAGCACAACACCGGAGUUUAUAAAUGGGUGAACAAGAGAGUUUUGGAAUUGGGCUCGGGGACGGGAGUGGUGGGUCUCAUGGCAGCGACAUUAGGGGCCUGUGUCACAGUGACUGAUUUGGAGGACCUGCAGAGUUUAAUGGAAGUGAAUAUUAAAGAGAAUCAGCACCUGGUCACUGGGUCGAUCCAAGCCAAGGUACUAAAAUGGGGGGAAGACGGGAGUGAGUUUCUGCCUUCACCUGAUUACAUUCUCAUGGCAGAUUGCAUUUACUACGAGCAGUCUCUGGAUCCUCUUGUGAAGACCCUGAGAGAGCUGGCCAGUGCGGAGACCUGCAUUAUCUGCUGCUACGAGCAGAGGACCAUGGGCAACAACCCCCAGGUGGAGCAGCUGUUCUUUGAGCUGCUGCGGAGGGACUUUGCCGUUGCAGAGAUCCCCCUUGAGAAGCAGGACGAGGAGUACCGCAGCGAGGACAUUCGCAUACUGCACAUCGUGCGCAGGGAGAGAUGACAGCCAGCGGCCGCGUGGAGCAGGAAGGGGCCUUGCACCACAAACUGCAGGGCUGCGUUUCUCAUACUUCACCUUCUGUAGCUGCAAGAAGAGGUGACAGCAAGCCACAUCGUAGGGGAGUAAUCUUCACGUAGGAGCAGGGCUGGAUAUUUAGGGUAACUAGACCACAUCCUUUACUUGAGCACUGUGAGGAUGUGGUCUAGACUAGCUCGCCAUAACGUUCUCCAGAUACGAAAUAGACAGUACCAGGGACUUGCUAUUCUAGUAGUACUUCAUGUGCAUAGCAGUUUGAUUAUAUUCUGGUCUGGUUAGGCUUAGCAUAGCAGCUUUGACCAGUCCUAAAUGUGAUACGCUUGAGCCAUGUGAUUUCUAUCAUGUGUCUGCUUGUAAAACCAGGAGUGGCUCAAACUGCUCUGCAAGGAGAGUCUCACUAUUUGCAUCCCUGCUGUUUCAGUCCAAAAUACAUUUACUGAUGUAUUUUGAUUCCCAUUUUUAAAAGCUGUUAACUGUACACUUUUGGGGAAACCACCUGUGUUUUGGGGGGAACGCUUUGCUGGAACAGUCUGCUGUUGUGCUUAUAUAAAUAAAGGUGUGUACAGAUUUUCAUAUCAAACUAACAGGUCGUUCACAAGUUCUAAGAGUCACAGGCUUUAUUAGAAACAGACAAACAUCCAUCCAUUCAAGAAACUGUAUAAAGACAGCGUGUGUAGAGAAACAUUAUAUUUAAGGUAGGUCAAAAUCUGGAUUGGGAUAUUUCUGUUAGUUUUGUUUCUUAUUUUAUUGUAAGAGCCCUUUUGAAUAAAACACAUGUGCGAUCAA